AAUCGGGGGAAAAACCGGGUAGCAGCCGGCAUUCUCAGUUUUGUGCAAGUCUCUCUGCCGCAGACAUCACAAUAUCAGUGGACAUAAUAAAAGAUUGUUAUGGAUUCAGAAAUCGGAAGCCUGGAGGAGGCGAGAUUAGAGUCACUGAUAAAAGAGCUGAGGGUUGAAUAUGGCAUUCUUGAUAAAUUGGUUUACAAAAACAAGAAUCAGCAUCGCCGCUCCUCUUAUUUCCAAUAUCUUCUCAAGGUAAGAAGGGAUUUGAGGCUUUUGCUUCAAUCAGACAACCUGGAAACUACACUGAACUCUUCUUUUCUAGUCGUCCAUGGCAAAAGACCCAAGCAAAAAGUGCAACUUCUUGAAAGUUUAAAGAGAAGAAAAUGUGAUGGAAAACAUACUUUUCUAGAUCAACUUUUAGCAAGCGCUCGAUUACUAUCACAGAUUAUUGAGCCGAUGGUGAAGGCAGCUAUGGAGAUAUCUGCUUUGAUUGCUCGAUCAUUUUUCAUGGGAUUUUCACUAACAGUCAUGGCUUUGCUCGCUCGCCUUCGAGUUUUAGUUCAGCAAAUAUUGCUCGAUGUUGUUUCAGUAUUUAACGCAGUUUCUUCUCUCUCGAGGAAGGAACAGUCGGUGAAACUAACUCAAGAUGGACUUGAGGUUUAUAGGGAUCUUUACCCUGCAAUUGAGCAAUCUGUUUACUUGGAUUGUGUUUGGAAGACAGAUAAGUUUGUGUUAUUUGAGAGUAUCAAUGUACCUGUGAACAAAAAUCAAGAUGCGAACCUGUUAGAUGUUUAUCCAGGGGAAUCUGCAGUUCAGUAUCAACGUACUGAGACUUUGCUAGGAGAUACAGAUGAACCGGUAAAAGUUGAUCUAAGCUUCACUUGUGAACAUGAAACUUCUGACAUCAAGGCAAAUAGUCUAUGUCUUCUGGAAGGUUAUACUGAUAGGACCUAUGAAGGUAAGAUAGCUGGGGAUGCUACUGAAACACAAUGUUCUGUAGGCGCCGCAGAGAUGUGUAGCAAAAAACGAUUGUCAGACAGUGCCUUUCUUAAAGAUAAACCUGAAUCAAGGAAUAAAGUGGCUUUUGUAUCUGUAAAGAUGCCUAUACCAUUGGCACCAGGUGCAGUCGUCCCUGUCGAAGAUGUUGAGAGAUGUAGAGGUAGCAGAGAAAAUUCAACUUUCUGUUUAAUUGCUGAUAGAAAUUUGAAGGGAAGUCUGUUGUAAAUUUUGGUUAAAUUUACUGGUGAAUUAAAUGGUCAUGUAUACCAGAUUUGUCACUCUAUACCUUGUGUUUAGAUUUCCAAGCUUGGAAUCUAGAUUCUAAGUGUCUUAAAAUCAUGUUUUUGAUUUAUUUUUUAAACACUAUUGCAACUAUGCUUAUGCCUAUUGCUUGUAGAAUGAAAAAUUGGUUUAUACUC